AUGAGUAAAUUCUUUAAUUGGUAUACUUGUAUUAUUUUUGGAACAACAAUACCACUAGGUUUAUCAACAUUGAGUUUAUGGUAUUUGAACGUUGAUAAGGCAAAAAAUGAAAUUCACGCCUAUAAUAAUGAAUAUCGAAAAAAGCAGAAAGAACUUAUAGAAUUGGAGAAUAAAAAAAAAGGAAUCUAA